GGCGGGACGGGCGCCCCGCGGCCGGACCCAGCCAGGGCACCACGCUGCCCGGCCCAGCGCCGCCAGGCACUUCUUCCCGGGGCUCCUAGGGACGCCAGAAGGAAGUCAACCUCUGCUGCUUCUCCUUGGCCUGCGUUGGACCUUCCUUUUUUUGUUUUUUGUUUUUCCCCUUUCUUCCUUUUGAAUUAACUGGCUUCUUGGCUGGAUGUUUUCAACUUCUUUCCUGGCUGCGAACUUUUCCCCGAUUAUUUUCCUUUUACAACAGCGGGAGAAAGUGCGCUGUGGUCCGAGGCGAGCCGUGAAGUUGCAUGUGCGUGGUAGUGUGCGUGGCAGGGUGUGAGUGCGUGUGUAACCCGAGCCGCCCGAUCUGUUUCGAUCUGCGCCGCGGAGCCCUCCCUCAAGGUCCGCUCCACCUGCUGCGGUUACGCGGCGCUCGUGGGUGUUCGUGCCUCGGAGCAGCUAACCGGCGGGUGCUGGGCGACGGUGGAGGAGUAUCGUCUCGCUGCUGCCCGAGUCGGGGCUGAGUCACCCAGCUGAUGUAGACAGUGGCUGCAUUCCGAAGAGUGCGUGUUUGCGUGUGUGUGACUCUGCGGCUGCUCAACUCCCACCAAACCACAGGACCAGCCACAAACUUAACCAACAUCCCCAAACCCGAGUUCACAGAUGUGGGAGAGCUGUAGUACCCUGAGUGUCAUCGACUGGGCCUUCUUCUUAUGAUUGUUAUUUUAAGAUUAGCUGAAGAUCUUUGAAACGCUGAAUUUUCUGCACUGAGCGUUUUGACAGAAUUCAUUGAGAGAACAGAGAACAUGACAAGUACUUCUAGCUCAGCACUGCUGCAACUACUGAAGCUGAUUUUCAAGGCUACUUAAAAAAAUCUGCAGCGUACAUUAAUGGAUUUCUGUUGUGUUUAAAUUCUCCACAGAUUGUAUUGUGAAUAUUUUAUGAAGUAGAGCAUAUGUAUAUAUUUAUAUAUACGUGCCACAUACAUUAGUAGCACGACCUUUGGAAGUCGCAGCUCUUGCUUUUCGGGACUGAAGCCAGUUUUGCAUGAUAAAAGUGGCCUUGUUACGGGAGAUAAUUGUGUUCUGUUGGGACUUUAGACAAAACUCACCUGCAAAAAACUGACAGGCAUUAACUACUGGAACUUCCAAAUAAUGUGUUUGCUGGUCGUUUUACACUUCGCAUAAAUAUUUUAGGAAGUGUAUGAGAAUUUUGCCUUCAGGAACUUUUGUAACAGCCAAAGACAGAACUUAACCUCUGCAAGCAAGAUUCGAAGAAGAUAGUCUCCACUUUUUAAUGCACUAAGCAAUCGGUUGCUAGGAGCCCAUCCUGGGUCGGAGGCCGAUCGGCAGAACCAGAACUUUUUCCCCUCCUGGACUGUUAGUGACUUAGUCUCCUUCCUCCCUUAACCACCCCCGCCCCCCCCCCCCCCGCCGCAGUAAUAAAGGCCCCUGAACGUGUAUGUUGGUCUCCCGGGAGCUGCUUGCUGAAGAUCCGCGCCCCUGUCGCCGUCUGGUAGGAGCUGUUUGCAGGGUCCUAACUCAAUCGGCUUGUUGUGAUGCGUAUCCCCGUAGAUGCCAGCACGAGCCGCCGCUUCACGCCGCCUUCCACCGCGCUGAGCCCAGGCAAGAUGAGCGAGGCGUUCCCGCUGGGCGCCCCGGACGCCGGCGCUGCCCUGGCCGGCAAGCUGAGGAGCGGCGACCGCAGCAUGGUGGAGGUGCUGGCCGACCACCCGGGCGAGCUGGUGCGCACCGACAGCCCCAACUUUCUCUGCUCCGUGCUGCCUACGCACUGGCGCUGCAACAAGACCCUGCCCAUCGCUUUCAAGGUGGUGGCCCUAGGGGAUGUUCCAGAUGGCACUCUGGUCACUGUGAUGGCCGGCAAUGAUGAAAACUACUCAGCUGAGCUGAGAAAUGCUACCGCAGCCAUGAAGAACCAGGUUGCAAGAUUUAAUGACCUCAGGUUUGUCGGUCGAAGUGGAAGAGGGAAAAGCUUCACUCUGACCAUCACUGUCUUCACAAACCCACCGCAAGUCGCCACCUACCACAGAGCCAUCAAAAUCACAGUGGAUGGGCCCCGAGAACCUCGAAAUACAAGGCAGAUCCAACCAUCCCCACCGUGGUCCUACGAUCAGUCCUACCAAUACCUGGGAUCCAUUGCCUCUCCUUCUGUGCACCCAGCAACGCCCAUUUCACCUGGACGUGCCAGCGGCAUGACAACCCUCUCUGCAGAACUUUCCAGUCGACUCUCAACGGCACCCGACCUGACGGCCUUCAGCGACCCACGCCAGUUCCCCGCGCUGCCCUCCAUCUCCGACCCCCGCAUGCACUACCCAGGCGCCUUCACCUACUCCCCCACGCCGGUCACCUCGGGCAUCGGCAUCGGCAUGUCGGCCAUGGGCUCGGCCACGCGCUACCACACCUACCUGCCGCCGCCCUACCCCGGCUCGUCGCAAGCGCAGGGCGGCCCGUUCCAAGCCAGCUCGCCCUCCUACCACCUGUACUACGGCGCCUCGGCCGGCUCCUACCAGUUCUCCAUGGUGGGUGGCGAGCGCUCGCCGCCGCGCAUUCUGCCGCCCUGCACCAACGCCUCCACCGGCUCCGCGCUGCUCAACCCCAGCCUUCCGAACCAGAGCGACGUGGUGGAGGCCGAGGGCAGCCACAGCAACUCCCCCACCAACAUGGCGCCCGCCGCGCGCCUGGAGGAGGCCGUGUGGAGGCCCUACUGAGGCGCCAGGCCCGGCCCGGCUGGGCCCCGCGGGGCGCCGCCUCCUCCUCUGGGCGCCCCGGCCUCCUGUUCCCGACAAGUCCGCCGGGAUCCCGGGCCCUGGGCCCGGCCACCGUCCUGGGGCCGAGGGCGCCCGACGGCCAGGAUCUCGCUGUAGGUCAGGCCCGCGCAGCCUCCUGCGCCCAGAAGCCCACGCCGCCGCCGUCUGCUGGCGCCGCGGCCCUCGCGGAGGUGUCGGAGACGCACCUCGAGGGUGUCCACCAGCCCCAGCACCCAGGGGACGUGCUGGAAAGCAAACAAGAAGAUUCCCGGAGGGAAACUGUGAAUGCUUCUGAUUUAGCAAUGCUGUGAAUAAAAGGAAAGAUUUUAUACCCUUGACUUUUUAACCAAGUUGUUUAUUCCAAAGAGUGUGGAAUUUUGGUUGGGGUGGGGGGAGAGGAGGGAUGCAACUCGCCCUGUUUGGCAUCUAAUUCUUAUUUUUAAUUUUUCCGCACCUUAUCAGUUGCAAAAUGCGUAUUUGCAUUUGGGUGGUUUUUAUUUUUAUAUACGUUUAUAUAAAUAUAUAUAAAUUGAGCUUGCUUCUUUCUUGCUUUGACCAUGGAAAGAAAUAUGAUUCCCUUUUCUGUAAGUUUUAUUUAACUUUUCUUUUGGACUUUUGGGUAGUUUUUUUUUUUUUUUUUUUUUUUUUUUUUUUUUUGAGAAACAGCUACAGCUUUGGGUCAUUGUUAACUACUGUAUUCCCACAAGGAAUCCCCAGAUAUUUAUGUAUCUUGAUGUUCAGACAUUUAUGUGUUGAUAAUUUUUAAUUAUUUAAAUGUACUUAUAUUAAGAAAAAUAUCAAGUACUACAUUUUUUUUUGUUCUUGAUAGUAGCCAAAGUUAAAUGUAUCACAUUGAAGAAGGCUAGAAAAAAAGGAUGAGUAAUGUGAUCACUUGGUUAUCCAGAAGUAUUGUUUACAUUAAACUCCCUUUCAUGUUAAUCAAACAAGUGAGUAGCUCACGCAGCAAUGUUUUUAAUAGGAUUUUUAGACACUGAGGGUCACUCCAAGGAUCAGAAGUAUGGAAUUUUCUGCCAGGCUCAACAAGGGUCUCAUAUCUAACUUCCUCCUUAAAACCGAGAAGGUCAAUCUAGUUCCAGAGGGUUGAGGCAGGUGCCAAUAAUUACAUCUUUGGAGAGGAUUUGAUUUCUGCCUAGGGAUUUGCUCACCCCAAGGUCAUCUGAUAAUUUCACAGAUGCUGUGUAACAGAACACAGCCAAAGUAAACUGUGUAGGGGAGCCACAUUUACAUAGGAACCAAAUCAAUGAAUUUAGGGGCUACGAUUAUAGCAAUUUAGGGGCCCACCAGAAGCAGGCCUCAAGGAGUCAAUUUACCUCUGUGUGCCUCAGUGGAGACAAGUGGGAAAACAUGGUCCCACCUGUGCAAGACCCCCUGUCCUGUGCUGCUCACUCAACAACAUCUUUGUGUUGCUUUCACCAGGCUGAGACGCUACCCUAUGGGGCAUGUGGGUUUUUACCUGUGCACCAGUGUGACAGGAAAGAUUCAUGUCACUACUGUCCGUGGCUACAAUUCAAAGGUAUCCAAUGUCACUGUAAAUUUUAUGGCACUAUUUUUAUUGGAGGAUUUGGUCAGAAUGCAGUUGUUGUACAACUCAUAAAUACUAACUGCUGAUUUUGACACAUGUGUGCUCCAAAUGAUCUGGUGGUUAUUUAACGUACCUCUUAAAAUUCGUUGAAACGAUUUCAGGUCAACUCUGAAGAGUAUUUGAAAGAAGGACUUCAGAACAGUGUUUGAUUUUUAUUUUAUAAAUUUAAGCAUUCAAAUUAGACAAAUCUUUGGCUGCAGGCAGCAAAAACAGCUGGACUUAUUUAAAACAACUUGUUUUUGAGUUUUCUUAUAUAUAUAUUGAUUAUUUGUUUUACACACAUGCAGUAGCACUUUGGUAAGAGUUAAAGAGUAAAGCAGCUUAUGUUGUCAGGUCGUUCUUAUCUAGAGAAGAGCUAUAGCAGAUCUCAGACAAACUCAGAAUAUACACUUUCAUUUUCGACAGGAUUCCCUCCACAACUCAGUUUCAUAUAUUAUUCCAUAUUACAUUUUUGCAGCUAAAUUACCAUAAAAUAUCAGCAAAUGUAAAAAUUUAAUUUCUGAAAAGGACCAUUAGCCCAUUUCCCCCAAAUUGAACGUAAGUGUUCUUUUCAGCACAUGUUGCCAUGUCUGACCUGCAAAAAUGCUGGAGAAAAGUGAAGGAAAAAAUGAUGUUUUUCAGUUUAAUUCUGUUACCUGAAGAUAUUCCAAUUCAAAACCAGCCUCAUGCUCUGAUUAGAUAAUCUUUCACAUUGAACCUUUACUCUCAAAGCCAUGUGUGGAGAGGGCUUGUCACUAUUGUAGGCUCACUGGAUUGGUCAUUUAGAGUUUCACAGACUCUUACCAGCAUAUAUAGUAUUUAAUUGUUUCAAAAAAAAAUCAAACCAUAGUUGUUUUGGAGAUAGGUCUCACGCAACGCAUUUUUGUAUGUGUGUGUGUGUGUGUGUGUGUGAAAAAUUACAUUCAUUGACUUCAGGUAGAUUAAGGUAUCUUUUUAUUCAUUGCCCUCAGGAAAGUUAAGGUAUCAAUGAGACCCCUAAGCCAAUCUUGGAAUAACCGCAUGUGUCUGGUCCGGGAGAAGUAUUGAAUAAGCCAUUUCUUCUGCUUACUCAUGUCCCUAUUUAUGAUUUCAACAUGGACACAUAUUUCAGUUCUUUCUGUUUUUCUCACUAUCUGAAAAUACAUUUCCCUCCCUCUCUUCCCCCUGAUAUCUCCCUCUUUUUCUCUCUUCCUCUAUCUUCCAAACCCCACUUUCUCCCUCCUCAUUUUCCUAUGUUCUCUUAAGGAGAUAGCACAUACCCCCACCCAGUACCAAAUUUCAGAACACAAGAAGGUCCAGUUCUUCCCCCUUCACAUAAAGGAACAUGGUGAGUCAGCCUUUCUCCUGUUCAUGGGGUUCUUCCAGCAGAACAGAGCUAUUGCCAACCAUAUCGGAUCUGCUUGCUGUCCAAACGCAGCAACAAAAAACUUUCCUGGGCAAAUCACAAUCAGUGAAUAAAUAGACAGGCUUUCUGCUGCCUCGAGUUUCUGUGCAGAUAAACAGAAAUGCUCUGAUUAGAAAGGAAAUGAAUGGUUCCACUCAAAUGUCCUGCAAUUUAGGAUUGCAGAUUUCUGCCUUGAAAUACCUGUUUCCUUGGGACAUUCCGUCCUGGUGAUUUUUAUUUUUGUUGGUUUUUAUUUUUGGGGGGAAUGACAUGUUUGGGUCUUUUAUACAUGAAAAUUUGUUUGACAAUAAUCUCACAAAACAUAUUUUACAUCUGAACAAAAUGCCUUUUUGUUUACCCUAGCGUAUACAUUUGUUCUGGGAUUUUUGUGUGUUUGUUGGGAAUUUUGUUUUUAGCCAGGUCAGUAUUAAGGCUGAUCGUUUGGCUCUUUUUUUCCUUCCAGAAGAGUUGCAUCAACAAAGUUAAUUGUAUUUAUGUAUGUAAAUAGAUUUUAAGCUUCAUUAUAAAAUAUUGUUAAUGCCUAUAACUUGUUUUCAAUUUUUUUGUGUGUGUUUCUAAGGACUUUUUCUUAGGUUUGCUAAAUACUGUAGGGAAAAAAAAAUGCUUCUUUCUACUUUGUUUAUUUUAGACUUUAAAAUGAACUACUUCUUAUUCACUUUUGUAAACAGCUAAUAGCAUGGUUCCAAUUUUUUUUAAGUUCACUUUUUUUGUUCUAGGGGAAAUGAAUGUGCAAAAAAAGAAAAAGAACUGUUGGUUAUUUGUGUUAUUCUGGAUGUAUAAAAAUCAAUGGAAAAAAAAUAAACUUUCAAAUUGAAAUGACGGUAUAACACAUCUACUGAAAAAGCAACGGGAAAUGUGGUCCUAUUUAAACCAGCCCCCACCUAGGGCAAUUCGUGUGGCAGUUAUUGGGUUUGGUCACAAAACAUCCUGAAAAUUCGUGCGUGGGUUUCUUUCUUCCUGGUACAAACAUAUCGAACGCUUCCUAAAGGGGAACUGUCAAGCUGGUGUCUUCAGCCAGACGACAUGAGAGAAUAUCCCAGAACCUUCUCUCCAAGGUGUUUCUAGAUAGCACAGGAGAGCAGGCACUGCACUGUCCACAGUCCACGGUACAAAGUCUGGUGGGCCGCCUCCCCUCUCCUGGGAGCAUUCAUCGUGCCCAGCCUGUGCAGGGCAGCUGGACUGCUGCUGUUCAGGAGCCACCAGAGCCUUCCUCUCUUUGUACCACAGUUUCUUCUGUAAAUCCAGUGUUAUAAUCAGUGUGAAUGGCAAAUAAACAGUUUGACAAGUACAUACACCAUA